AAAUGCUAGUAGCACUAACAAAUAGGAGUUUAAAUACACUGAAAAAGAAGGAUUUUUUAAUUUUUAUUUUUGCCUAUUUUUUUCCAGAAAAAAUAACUAGUUUGGAGGUAUGGAUGAAAAGACAAUGGAGUCAUAACUUGAGUCCUUAACUAACUUAUCUUCAAAUUUGACAGUGACAACAAAAAUUGAGUACAGUCGUCCUUUGCUACAUCGCAGUUCGAACAUAACUCCCUCACUCUAUCGCGUUUUUUGAAAACAUUUUUUUUUUUUUAAUGGACAUACAUGCUAUAUCAAGGGUGCCCCUUGCAGCGAUCGUGAAGGUAGUGUUGGUCGUGUGUCACCUACAUCAUAACCGUCACUUUGCAGAUGUCAUAUGACAUCAGUCUGCUGACAUUAAGCCCCCUCCUGAUUCACUCUUGUACACCGGCGGUGGCAAACAAAGAGUGGAGAGCAGAUGUCUGCAGCCACACACGGAUAAUGCAACUUUCAUUUUUAUUAUUCCGAUUAUGGAUAAACUAACUGAGCAGUAAAAUGCCGUAAAAUGCCAACCGUAAAUUCCGGUGUAUAACCUGCACCAGUGUAUAAGCCGCACCCACUAAAUUUAGAGAAAAAAACGGAUUUGUUCUUGUAUAAGCCGCACCGGUGUAUAGGACGCACAUGUCCAUGUAAUAACACAGCAUAAUGUUGCAUGCACAAGUCGGUAAGGACCAGUCAGCUCUUUAUUUGACAGGAGCCAAUCAUGAGCUAUGAAUAAACUCAUGACAAGCUUGUCAACCCAUUGGAAAUUGCAGAAAGUCAUUGUUCAAUACAACAGUCUGACUCACGGUUUCAUCUUACAAACAACAUUACAUUCAUCAAACAGCAACUAACACUCAAACGUUAUACAUCAGACAUAUAGGAACAUGUAUCAAUACGGGUUAAAAAUGAAAAAAAAAUAAAUAAAUAAAUAAUGCAUUUCGGUCGAGAAAAACAUUUAAUUGGAGGACAGCGUAGAAAAUUGUGCGGCAAUGCUGCUUCUGUCCACCAGAGUGAACCAGAGGACCCGGAGCCCAAAGCAAAAAAAGGUAAGCUGAUGUCAUUGCAGUGCCCCAAUGAAAGUGUCGCUCAGAUGCAAUGCCUGAUGGGCACUUGUUGUGAGUGCACUGAUAGCUUGUGAUUGGCUCGUGCCAAAGAAAGAGCUAUCGUUUCCUCACUGAUUCGUGAGCGCCACAGUGUUUAAAGAAUUAGUAGCGGUUCUGAAUUAAAAGGAAAUGUCACAAGAUUAAAUAAAUUAGCCACACAACUGUAUAAGCCGCAGGAUUCAAGGUUUAAGACAAGUAGCGGCUUAUACACCGGAAUUUACGGUGUAUCUAUAACUCUUCUCGUUGUAAACUCCACCAUACAAAUGUGUUUUCUAGAAGUUUGUUUGUCAAACUACUAUUUCACGAUCAAUUUGAAAAUGUGCCCAUUGUUGAAAGUUUUUUAAUAUGCUGCCUUGACUACGGCUGCAUUGUCUUUUGCAUAAUCAUUUUCACUUCUUGUAUACAAUAUCUUUAAUGUUUUAUAACAAAUGCUAACUGUAAUACAUGAAGUGUAUGUAUAAUGAAUGGUAGGUAGCUACAGUAUUUUCACUGACAUACUGCUCAUUUUAUGUACACAACUAUUGAGAAAUUAUGUGUAACUAUCUUUCUUGCUAUAUUGAUUUGAAUUGUGAAUUAUUCAAUGAUAUCAACUAUUUUGAUGACCUGUAAACUUUGAAAGUGUGAAUGUGAAAUACUUUUAGUGUUUAGAAUAGCAGUUUCAAAGUUUACCGGUUAGAUUUUAUACAUGUUUCACUACGCUUUAUUUUGAAAAACAUGCACCGGAAUCACCUGUCUGCUCUCUUGGCACUUGACAGAUAAGGAGAGGAAGAAAAGUUAAAGUUUAAAGUUAAUUAAUGCAUUUGUUGUUCAAGCCUGUGAAAAGACCCUAAUGUUGACAUUACCCACAGUAAAUUUAGAAAAACAAAAUGUUGUGCUGCAGCGACACAGCUGUGGCAUUUCGCCUCCCAUGCAGCCCACCACCACAGCUUCAAAAAAUCCUAAGGGAAACCCUGUGUUUACAAUGCAAUGUUUGUGGAUUCUGCUCACCAUCGUGGCAGCCAAACCCACGCAGGGCUUACUACAGAAGUGGAUGCCUAGUAGGCAGUGCCCUUUAAGUCUAGUGUCCUUGAUUCCAAGCUAGACAAACUAAGCUUUUCAUCGACAUACUGUAUAACACGCCUAGGCGGCGUGAAACCCAGGCUUUGUCACAAAAACAGUAGCAGGCCAUCGCGACGGCAAGGGUUUAAAUAAAGUGUGUAUUAGUUAGACUCGGAUGAUUGUGUCGCUUAGCAGCACAUAAAUAUGAAGAAAAAACGAUUUAACUGCAGUUAAAUGCAGUCAUAACUUUUUAUAGAUAGAAGUGCCUGAGGGGUCAAGGUUAAAGCCUUAAAAUAUUUUGUACCGUCAUUCCUGUCACUUCAUAAAUGGUAAUCUAAACAGUGACCUGCACCUCACAGCUGCAUUGUCUUCCCUUGAUGAACAUGUUUAAUCUGUUAUCUACAAUCGGAUCACUUAAGAAAAUGACCAUGACAUGACAUAAAUUCUCACAUUUUAACAGCCCGGGAAGACAGACGUCUCAUUUAAAGCAUCCCGAAUGAAGAACAAGUGGUGAAGAAAGAUAAGACGAUGGAGGGCGAUAAAGAUUAGAUAAGACUCUUGCAAUGCUACCUACUUCUAGUAUUUGAUUACGUACUUUGACAUACCGCAUACCAAAAUCAAAAGUAUAUUUUAAAUAAAUACAUUUCAUGAGAGUGACUCAAUGACUCUAAAAUGUUUAAAGGUACGUCAUAUGGAUCACUUCAAGAACAAUUUCAUAACAAUUGGAAGUAUUUUAUGUACAUUCUUCUCUGAUCCCCUUUACAAUCUCAUCACAGUCUGUGUGAUGACUGCAUUAAAACAAGCAGUCGGGUUGUAAGCAAAGACCUCCGCUGCACUCCUGACACUUCAGUAUACACUUCACCAGCAGAUGACCUAAAACUGAAAAUUUUUUUUUUUUUAAAUCAACAGCAGCAGCGUCCAAAGUGCAGCCCAGGGGCCUUUUUUUUUUUUUUUUUUUUAAUUGGCUCAAGGCACAAUGUAAAAAUAACCAACAAUAAUUUCAUAACAUAUAACAAACAUAUAAAAAAAAAAAGCUGAAACGUUCAAACUUGAAGUAGUCAAAUUUCUUCAAGGUUGGCAGGUCUGCUAAACACAUUAUAAUGGGACUGGAUGUAGCUUGCCGUUACAACUCCGCACAGUAGAUGGCAUGCAUGACAUGCUUCUUAAGACACCUGAUACGCAGCUGGUCUGCCUGAAAAUAUGAAGAACGAACGAUGUUUCUAUCGACUUUGUUGCUAUAUUUAGCGAGUAUUGAGACCCCUCGAGAUUCUGUUUUUCAAAAAUGCGGCUAGCAGCAAAUCUCUGGACUUUUUCUGGUCUUAUUGGACACUUUUGGAGACUCAAAACAUGAAAGCACAUAUUGCUCCUCGCACCGAGCAGCCCCUCCCCAUCCAACUUUUCAGAAUCUUUGAGUGUCUUGAGAACGGCUUUAUAAACUCACAGUGUUAGAGUAAUUCCUCAUUGAUCACUGUUAAUUGGUUCUGGAACCGACCAUAAGUGAAUUUCUCCAAAUUAGGAUUCCAUAUUACUAAAUUGAAUAUUUUUGUUCGUAAGAGCAUAGAAAACCUGUUUACAACAUUGUAAAUACAAUUUUUUAACACCAUUAGAGCUCUCUAGACAUGAAACAACACCCUAUAGUCACCUUUACACUCGUAUUACACAAUAUAGUCAACAUAAAAGAUUGAAAAUCAACAAUUUAAGACAUAAAUAAGACAUACUAUAGACUCAUACAUGUUAGCUUUGGAAGAGUUCUUUGUUGCUGUUACUUCCUACGGUGGCUAUUGUCUCAUCAGUGUAAUGUUUCUCUAGGUCACCCUCAGGCAAGGUUGCCAACAGAGCAUCUAAUUUUGUCGAUCUUUCAUACAUCCCGCUAGUUCCACAGAACUGUCCACUUCCGCGGCCCUCCUGCACGUCCACAUACGUACGUUGGCGUGGGACAUCCUCUAGGUCGUGGGACGUCUGGCAGUGACCUGCCAGUUUCAUCCUCUUGGAUGCCACUUUGUCAGUCAGCCUUCUUAGCUCUCCGUACAGACGCUUGUUGAUAAUGUGCUCGUUCUGGUCAAUGUUUAAUACCACCCAGAGCAUUCUAGUGUAGCACCCGUCCAGAGACUUCUGCAAGGAGGGCUUCAGCAUCAAUAAUUCACAGCUAUAGAGGUGAACCGGCUUGAUGGUUGCUUGGAAGAAGCUGAGCAAGAUUGACAGGCGAACUGGUGCAGUGUCUACAGUGAUACGCACUGUGCAUUGGUCUGUCGGGUGAAGAGGGCGCUGAGCCGAAAGGCAAAGCUUUCACUUGGUCAUGACCUUUGGGUGGUGAUUAAAAGGACAAGAUCGUGUGUACAAGCAACCGCAAUGAGUUUCCUCCGUAGGGUGGCUGGGCUCUCUCUUAGAGAGAGGGUGAGAAGCUCUGUUGUCCGGGAGGAACUCUGAGUAGAGGCGUUGCUCCUCCACUUUGAGAGGAGCCAGAUGCGUUAGCUUGGGCAUCUGGUCAGGAUGCCUCCCGGACGCCUGCCGGGGGAGGUGUUGAGGGCACGUCCGACUGGUAGAAGGCCUCAGGAUACGCUGGAGAGACUAUGUUUCUUAACUGGCUUGGGAACGCCUCGGGGUCAGCCUGGAGGAGCUGUACAAAGUAGCCAGGGAGAGGGAAGUGUACCCCGGAUAAGUAGAAGAAGAUGGACGGACGUCAUGUCACUUUCCAUAGCAAUUUUGAGGCUAAAAGCCUGGUAGUGGUAUUUUCCGAGCUUGUUUCUAGAAAUGUAGAAAUGUAGUUCAAUUGUAAUAUUUUACACCCAAUUAAAGCAUAAGCAUUGUUAAAUGGCUGACACACUGCCUGAAGUCAUAUCCAGUAUCCAGACACACUGACAACCAUAUCCUGGGAUUGUCACAUGACAACCACUCCAAAAAUCUUUUUUACACACCUUCUCAUUUGAUGCAUUUUUUUUUCAUGACUAGAUUCUCACCUGAAGGCAUCAAAACUAUGAAUGAACAAGUGGAAUUAUGUACUUAACACUUAAAAAAGUGUGAAAUAACUCUAAACUCUAACUCUGCAAACCCUUGGUUUCUCUCAAUGAGCUUCAUGAGGUAGUCACCUGAAAUGGUUUCCCCUUCAUGGGUGUGCCUUGUCAGGGUUACUGGUUGGGACCAUGGGGGUUGUGUUGUGUGUGUCCAAACGUUCGGCCUGUACUAUACAUCAUUUGAGGAGUUAAUGAGUUCCUGUCAAUCCCAAAGCCAUAUGGGACACUUUUUAGCACAUUUAAGCGUUGGUGUCACCAUGCCUUCUUAUGGGUUAAAAUCAUAGGGCAUGAUGCUUAACGUAAGCUUAAGUUUAACUGUGUAAUAAAGUUUAAGAGUCCAAAGGGCGUUUCAAAGAAUGAUGGCACAAUCACACUUCAAAACCAUUCAUUUAUAUGCACCUGCUUUUGAACACUGACCCCAUAAAACAACAAUGGUUAAUUUCUUUUUCACACAAAUUUCCUUCCCCUUGUAUUUGAAGCAGGGCUGGUCUGUUGCUCAUCAUGUUACUGAAUAACCAAAAGAACGGGAAAUGAGUCAGUCCAGUAAAAUCUACAAAUGACAAGCUCCUGAAGGCACACUUCCAUUUGUUUCUCAAAGUUACCACGGAUAAUUCUCCUCAGCCGUCACAUUUCUAACAUGUCUGUAUUCGAGGAAACAACUGCAAGACUUAAUGCCUGCGUCGCCGAGGCCACGAUCUGCUCGGGCGCUAAUUGCCUUGUUCCAGCCAGUGACUUCAAUGCAACACUGAGUCUCGUGUUGAGUACUGUGCUCACCAUCAUGCUGGCUAUGGUCAUGUUUUCAAUGGGCUGCACGGUUGAUGCCAAAAAACUCUGGGGGCACAUCAGGAGACCCUGGGGCAUCAUUAUUGGGUUCCUCUGCCAGUUUGGAAUCAUGCCUUUCACUGCCUUUGCCUUAUCGAUGGCAUUUGGUGUGCUGCCUGUUCAGGCCAUUGUCAUCGUUAUCAUGGGUUGCUGUCCAGGAGGCUCCGGUUCCAAUAUCAUCUGCUACUGGCUGGAUGGAGACAUGGACUUAAGUAUCAGUAUGACGGCCUGUUCGUCCAUCCUUGCCUUGGGAAUGAUGCCACUCUGUCUGCUCAUUUACACCUCUAUCUGGACAUCUUCAGACACCAUCCAAAUCCCAUAUGACAGCAUUGGUAUCACUUUAGUAGCCCUCCUUGUCCCAAUUACAGCGGGAAUAUAUGUUAAACGUAGAUGGCCGCACUUGGCUAAAAAGAUCCUCAAGGUUGGGUCCAUUACCGGGUUUGGUCUCAUUAUCAUCAUUGCUGUGGUUGGAGGAAUUCUAUACCAGUCUUCCUGGACUAUUGCCCCUUCCCUAUGGAUAAUCGGAACAGUCUACCCCUUUAUUGGUUUUGGGCUGGGUUUCCUUCUAGCCCGGAUUGUCGGUCAACCAUGGUACAGGUGUCGUACAAUUGCACUGGAGACUGGUUUUCAAAACUCCCAGUUGUGCAGCACCAUUGUCCAGCUGUCCUUUAGCCCGGCUGAGUUGGAGGUGAUGUUUGCAUUCCCCCUGAUCUACAGCAUCUUUCAGCUGGUAGUGGCCGUCCUGUUCGUGGGAGGUUACCAAGCCUAUAAAAAGUCAUGUGGAAGAGCUGAGACAGACAGUGACUCUCCAUCGUUGGAAGAAGGCUGCACUGAAGAAGCAAAAGAGAAGCGCACUUAUGUGGAAAACAGGGCUUUUGAAUUUAAUGAAAAUAGUGUCAGUAAAGGCAAGGCUGAGCACUUGGACAAGAACACCCAGCUGUGAGAUGACUGACAACCUGCACAAGCAUGGCAAUGCUGCUGACAGCUACCAGCUGCGAACACACUCUGCAGGCUGGUGAUGUGCACUACAGUUGUGUUGUAUUUGCAAGCUGUGUGAUAUCUCGCAAGAAAGGGGUGACCCAACUAGCUGUUAAAUAUUUGAUGUGUUUUCGUAGACGUAUAGUUGAAACCAGAAGUUUACAUACGCUGUGUAAAAGCACAUAAUCAUAUUUUUGCUCACUAUCUGAAAUUGAAUCAGACCAAUCUUUUUCUGUUUUAGGUCAGUUAGGAUAACCAAAAUUAUUUCUGUUUGCUAAAUCACAAGAGAGAGAAAAUUUGGAGAGUUUUUUAUUACUGUCUUCAAAGUCAAAAGUUUACAUACACAAGAUGACUUUAAGCAAUGUGGGAAAGUCCAUAUGAUGGUGCUUUGGAAGUUUAUAAUAGGUUAACUGACAACAUUUGAGUUAGUUGGAGGCACAUCUGUGUAAGUAUUGUAAGGCCACACCUCAAACACACUGCGUCCUUGUUUGACGUUAUGGGAAAAUCAGCCAAGAUGUCAGGAAGAGAAUUGUGGAGGUCCACAAGUCUGGUUCAUCCUUGGGUGCAAUUUCCACAUGCUUGAAUGCGCCACGUUCAUCUGUUCAAACAAUUAUCCGCAAGUAUCAACAACAUGGGGAUGUCCAGUCAUCAUACCGCCCAGUAAACUUCUGGUUUCAACUGUAUUUUUAUAUGCUCGCAUGAAGUGUGGAAGUGGUGUGGUUGUUAUGUGUAGAUAGAUCUCAGUAAUGAAAAUGCACAGUAGAGGAUUGACACAAAUUCACACAUGUAGUUAUUUUUAUUCCGGCCCAUUUUGUGACACUCAACUCGUUCCACGUGUCCUUUCCAGCCUUUUCAAACAACAAAACAAACAACAAAUCUCAUUCGGAACGCAAUGGCCAGCUGUCAACACAUUUCAGAAAAAUCCCACAUUUUAUGCAAUUCCACAGUUUCUUUGACAAAAUUCCCCACUAAAAAUAAAUGGAAAAUUAUUUUUUUUUAUAAGUUCCACACUUCUCACAUUUCUCCACUGAUUGCAACAUCAUCACAUUCAGCUCAUCAAAAGGCAAUCUAUGUUCCACAUUCCAAAAAUUCCCAUUUUUCCUGGAAUUCCACAUUUUCCGGCCCAGAAAUUUGCGUUGAAAUGAAUAUCAUUUUCCCACAUUUCUCAAACCAUUACAGUAUCAAAACAGUUACGCUAAUUAGUUUCCACAUUCCAAAAAAAUCCCACUUUUAAAAGUAAUUCCCCAUUUCAGGAUUUCAUUUCAGUUUCAACUCAGCAUUCACGUGCGAUUUCUACACAAAUUGCCUUCUCAAGUUCCAAAUAAUGUUCGAAAGGCAUGAAGUUAUCAAUGCCAAUGAAAUCUAUUCUCUGCUUUUUCACUUACUUGCCACAAUGUGUACAUCAUACAAGUUAAUAUGUUGAGGGCUGACCUCAGGAUUCCUUACAUUUUUAGACACAAACAAUUUUUCUGCGCAAUGCUGAUUUUUAGAGUGAGAAGUUAAAAUAUAUUUAUAAAUGUGUUUGUGACCUUUAAACACACUUUGCCAACUUUACUAAUUUAUUAGCCCACUGUACUUUGCACAUGAUACCGCAGUCUAAUUUAUAAACUUGAUAUUGCUAAUAAUUAAUGAAAGGUGUAUUUAAAAAUACAUUUAAUACUAUUCACUGUCUUUUGAACGGUGCCAUGUAUCAUAGAGUCUUGGCUGAGAACGUCCUGGCCUUAGCCAGAACACUGAAGACGAGUCGUGGUUGAGUCUUCCAGCAUGACAUACAGCCAAGACAACAAAGGAGCAGCUCAAAAAGAAACACAUUAAUAUUCUGGUGUGGUCUUCUGACCGAUCUCACAGAAAAUGUAUGGAGUAACACUGCUUCUAUGAGUCUCUGAGUAGGUUUUGUAGACCUGGUGAACCUUCUCAGAGGCAUCGGCUCUUGAGUAGGAAGAGAAGGAGGCUAUGUAUUGUGCACACUUGGCGCAACACCCUCUUGCCAGAUAUGAUUUUAGAGUCUGUUGGGGCCAAACCAGCGCUCAUCAGCAUAAUACAUAGUGCCACUGCUGUAGAAGUUAGAGUAAUGUUUGUUAGCCCGUGGUAGCCCCCAACUGGGCUGCGACCUCCCUUGCCUGGUGGUAAGCAGCACCCCUCCGUUUUGCUGCUCCGUUCCAGUCUACUGGGGUUGAUUGAUUCCCUGUGUCCUGUGUUGUCAACAGACCUCUCCUGUUUCUCCAUUAGGCUUGUCCAUCCUCUGUCUUAACAAUAAAUUACCUUGGUCCUCCAUCACUCAGGAUUGUUACUUUCUUGGCCCAGUUGUCAGGACCUUCAAGCCUUACAGCAUCCUUUUCCUGCCCGAUAAAGGGUAUGUAUUUUGUCUCUUUGAAAUGGAUUAAAUGCGAAAACCACGGUUCCAUUGUAUUUGAAUAUAUGCUGUUAAAUGUAAACACCAUAACAGCAAAAAUAAGUCACCAAAGCUUAAAAGAACUCUGACAAUGAUGCACGUCUUUGAAGACUUUGAUACUAUAUGAUUGAUUAUGAUAAUUUGCUACCUGCUACUAAUAUGACAUGUUUGUACCUAUGUGAUUAUAUGAACAAGGUAGAUAAGCAGGGAGUAAUUGUACAUUUAAUAGAAAAUGAAAGACACGACUGAACUGAUGCAAUUAAAGAAGACCGCAGAGACUACUGGUAUGCAACAACUAUUGUUGGUUCUAAGAUACGGUUCGAUAUAAAUGUUGAUUGCUAUUUACUAAGCAUCGAAGAAUGCCUAGAGCGAGUGGUAAUUUCAUGCUGUUACUUUUUGAUUAAAGGUUCUAAACCUCACCUGACAAGCUCACCUAAAUGGAUGAGGUGUGAAAUAAACUCGAGAAAAUCUGGAAAUGCAGAGUUGAGUUUUGGGGUGGCCAUUACGUCGAUUGUGAGUUGCUGGUCGAUCGCGAACGUAGUGUGGGUCGUUGCAUAAACGUCACUUUGUAGAUGUCAUAUGACA